UCACAUUCCUCCAGUUUGCUCGAUACGUUUGGUGUCGAGAACCGGCAAGCGACCGGCAAGCGCAGUCACUGUCUCUCUCGUAGUACGUAGCAGCGGCAGCUCCGAAUCCCGAGGGAAGGGAUUCUGAAGGAGAAGAGCAAGAGACGAGCGCCAUCGCUCUGUGCUCGCGAAGCUCGGAUCAGCAGCAGCUGCUGCUUCCCGUCGCCGCAAAUUUUCCAUUCCAUUCUUGUACUGUCUAGUCUUACGUUCUUGACACCACUGCACUGCACUGCAAGGCAUUUCAGUUCGAUUCGGAUCGGAGGAGCCUGAGACGACACGUGAUGGCGAAUAAUAGCAGCAGCCGAAAUGGGAUUUGAGCACGAGCCUGUCCUACUUUGCCGCGCGUGCAUUUCGACAGACGGACAGACAGACGUAGAGAAAGGCGCGUGACAAGUCUCUCUCAUUGUAGCAGUGCUAAUCUAGAUUUUCCCACCACGUCGGUCGAGCUUUCUUCCAACAAAUGCCGUAUCGUCUCGUGCAUUCCUUCCGACCACUCGCUGCGCUUCUCUGAAGCAUCGAGCCACCGAAAGGGAGAGAGAGUUAGUGUGGAGGAGCAACAAUCAGCGCAGUGGGAGCGCGAGCAGGAGCGAUGGCAGGAACUUUUGUGGUGGAGGAUCCGGAGGCGCAGAUGAAACGGGGCGCGGGCGCAGGCGCAGACAGGAAGUGGAGGGACUGGUGGGCGGCGCUGCUGUACGUGGUGCAUCUGCUGGCCGUGGGGGCGCUGGCGGUGUGGUUCGGAGUGGGCGCCGUGCUGGACUCGGACCGCGACGACCGCGACGCGUCCAUGUACAACAUCAAGUACUGGGCGCCACAGCUCGGCGCCGUCAUCCUCUUCGCCGCCGUCUUCUCCUUCCUCUGGAUUUCGCUCGUCAAAUAUUUCCCCGUGGGCAUGAUCAAGUUCGCGCUCUGGGCCGGCGUCGUCGUCAAUUUGGUGCUGGGCAUUCUCGUCCUCGCCUCGCGCACUCAGAACAGCGUCCUCGUGGGCAUAGUCUUCAUCCUCUUCGCCGUCCUCCAGGCUUUCUACGCGUACUGGGUCCGAUUUCGGGUUCCGUUCGCAGCAGCGCUCAUUACGAAAGUGAUCAUGGUCACGGGCCAGUAUCCGGCGUGCUACAUCGUCUCGUACUUGGCCGUGUUCGUGUCGGUGGGAUGGAUUGCGCUGUGGAGCUUCGGAGCAUCGGGAGCCAUCGCCACCAUGUCCAAUGCGGCGGCGAUCGUGUUCGGGCUGCUGGUGAGCCUGUACUGGACCAUGGAGGUGAUCAGGAAUGUCGUGCAUGUGACGGUCGCGGGGACAGUGGGGACUUUCUACUUUCAGCAGCACAAUAUGCCUCGCAAUCCCACCGUCCAUGCAUUCCGCCGUUCUGUCACCACUUCUUUCGGCAGCGUCUGCCUCGGGUCUCUCAUCGUGGCCAUUCUCGAAGCUAUCCGGAUGAUGGUCCAAGGCUUGAGAGGCCAGUGCAAUGAAUUCGUCGUCUGUUGCCUGUCUUGCCUUCUGGGCAUAAUCGAAAACCUCAUUCAGUAUUUCAACAAGUGGGCCUACAUCCAGGUUGCACUUUACGGGAAACCUUUCGUAAGAGCGUCCAAGGACACAUGGGCCAUGUUCAAGGCUCAGGGAUUGGAUGUCCUGAUCAAUGACGACCUCACAAGUACUGUCCUGUGGAUCGGUUGUAUCAUCGGCGGUGUUUUGAGCGCUCUGCUUGGUGGCUUGUGGACUUAUUUUCACGUCACCAAUACGCAGGAAAAGAUGACGGUUUCCGUCGUGGUUCUGUCUUUCUUCAUCGGCUACUUCAUCACACACUUGACCAUGGCAGUCAUCAAUAGCGGAGUGGCGUCUUACUACGUCUGCUUUGCAGAAGACCCUGCCACUCUGAGAAGAAAUGAUCCUGAAUUUUAUGAAAUCAUGUGGUCUCGCCAAGGCAAUCUCCGAGGAGGCUGAAGAGCGAUCCAGCUCCCGGCUUCCAGCAAAGGAUUCCUUAUCGUGUGACAUCUGAAAGUACGGAUUCCACCCAUCCCCGCUCCAUGCCUGUGAGUGAACCAAGAAAAAUCACAGAUUCGUCACUGGAAAAACUACUUAUGGUGAAGGAGUUGGUGCGGGAGGCAGCAGCGGUUCGAUUAUCAUUCGGGCCAAGCUUCUCCCCCUUGGAGGACACGUACGAUGACGUGACGGGCUGGGCUCGAGGCUGCUUCGGUGACGAUCGGUCAGAGGAACUUUCCCAGAAGAAAGGGAAGAGGGAAAGAGGACUGAGAUCUCGUCGCUCCUUUCUGAAGGAAAACUGUAAUAUAUAUCCAUUCCAGCGAAUGGCGUGCUCUUUUCGCCCUCCAGGCUUUUAAAGCUCUGGCAUCAGACAUUACUGAUGUCACAAUCGCCUGCUGCUGGCUGCUCCGAGCCUACUACAAGCUACCCUAUUGGCCGGCCGAUUGCGAGACAGAGCUGGGACUUUUUAACUAUUUUUGCCUGAAGAAUAAAGUCGUUUCUGCAUCAGUCAGUAGUAGUAGUUUGAACAGUAGAGGGCUGUACAGCAGCGCAAGAUUCUCCUUGCCCUUCCCGUGCCGGGAAGGGAAGGACGAGUCGGUUUUUUGUUCCCCGGAAGUCAUCAGCAACGACGAUCUGCUAGACUCGUACGUAGUUUAAUCGAAUGUGCCUGCAAUGUUCUUCAGGGACCAAUGUCGAGCUUCUGUGUACAACAAUGUUCUACGUCGGUUUGCUGCUCAAACAAUCUAGAUGGAAAUUGGCCCAAUUUCAGGCAUGUCCGGCACAGUGUACGGGAGAAGGUUGAGGGCCAAGUAGAACCUUGUUGAGAAGGUUGAGGGCCAAGUAGAACCUUGUUGUGUACACCGUAUCAAUGGGUGAGAUGAUGGUAGAUGACAGGAAAGACGAAACAUAUUCUAAUGAUUGUGGACAGCACUCGUUGGCCGAGACUGUCGUCCUUCAGAAUAACGGUUCUUUUCAGUAACAUACAUGGAGUGGAGAGACC